AUGUUUUCUGCACCAUGGCAGGGUCUGCUGUUCACCCUCCUUGUGGUGUCCAAAGCUACCCACGCUGCUCACAAUAUCACCACAAUGGACGUCGGUAAUUGUGCUUGUGGUUUUUACGAUGAAGAUGCCGAUUUGUACUUCACGGAGUCGACCAUUGCCUAUUUCAACGAAUCUGGCUCGAUACCUACAGACUUUAUUGCUGAGGAAUUUGAACAUCGUUAUGACCGUGGUUGGAACAACAUGUACCGCAUGGGUGCGGCAGUGGAUAAUGUCCAAAUCGCCCAAGAUGUCACUGCUCGAAACCGCACAAGCUUGGAGCUCUCUUGCCAUCCGUCAGACAAAGACCAUCUUGUUGUCGGUUCGAGUAUACGUACUUCACGCCAGGAUAUCUUUUUCGGUUCUUUCCGUGCGAGUCUUCGACCGGCGCGGCCGUGGAUGCAGGGUUCUGUGAUUUCUAUGAAUCUAGAGCAUAAUCAGACCGAAAGCUGGCAGGUAGACGUGAUGAACACUGACAACAGCAGUGCGGCUUGGGUUGAUAUGUUGAUGCGAGGACAAUUUGCCGACAUCUGGUACGGCAUCAAUUUCACCAACCUCACAAACGAAGGUCUGUCACCAUGGUACUACACUGAGUAUCGUGUUGACUGGACUCGCGACUCGCUCAAUUAUUACAUUGGCGAUGUACUGAGAACAAGCUACAAUACUUCUGUGAAUUCCAGCAUUCCGGCAACACCGGCACCACUAAAGUUCCAGCAUUGGUCUCUAGGAAACAAGUACACCUCCCAGGGUCCGCCCUCUUUCACAAAUCUCGCGAACGUUGCAUACGCGAGACUAUUCUUCAACUCAUCUACUUGGAACGAUACCACACGCGCUGCUUAUGAUGAGAGAUGCUCUAUACAGCAAGCCUGCCGCAUGGACGAUCUCUCCUUGCGUGGGGCUUCACCUUCUGAUCCCAAAAGCCUGGAACCUUGGAAGCAAUAUCAGCCUCCAUACAAGAUCAGAUGGGCACCACUCAUCAUUGACAUCGUGAUGGCGGCCAUUUUUGUGGUUCUCACAGGCAAGACUCUUUGGCGACGAUUUACCUGGCACAAAUUCAUGGUCUUUCUGGGCGUCCAUAAACGAGAUCCUCCCCAGUCGAGAUCAUUUGACACACCACCACGCUCAACCUCAUUGAUUGACAGAGACCCACAAACCAAUGCCGAGUCCGACGAGGGUCGUAUCUCUCCCGCGUCGCCUACCAGUGACCGGGCUAAUCUGUCUCGCAAUGAGUCCUUCGCCACUCUGCCUCCGUAUCGGGGUUCUCAGACUCCUCUGCCUCAAUACCAGAGUCCUGCCGUCUCUCGCCGACCUUCAUUAUCAAAUAUGGCUAGUCACUCAUUUGCUUACCCAGCGAGCCUGAGUGGUACUAUUCAGGGUGAAUCGUCUCGAGCGGCUUCCCGCACACCCUCUCUACACGCUGUCCCUAUGAUGGACCAUUCAGCUACUCCAGGUCAAGAGGUCUACUCAAGCCCUAUGCAAGCUGAAGACAGCUCCGACAAGAACAAGGCAGCUGUCAAGACUGAGGCUGCUGAGGUCGCCAAAGAUGCACAGACGAAACCAAAAGAAACCGGUAAAGAUAGCAAACCGGCGGCCGGCGCCGCUGCAGUUUCUGCAAAACCACCUCGUGUCGACUACUUGGCAGGUUUUAUUUCAAUUAGUGCCGUUCUGGUCACAGCCAAUCACUUUGGCUUGACGUAUUUCAGUGCUGUCAUUAUCCCCGGUGACUCUGCGCACUACCAAAGUGAAACUAUUGCACGAAAGACAUUUGCUACCUACUUCCUUGACCCCCUUUGGAUUGGCCCUUUUUUGAUGAUUUCCACUCGUUUCUUAACGUCAAACUACAUUCGUACCGGAAAGCUUGACAACAUGGCACAGAAGAUUGUUGCACGUCCAUUCCGUCUAUUGACGCCUGUCGCCUCUAUUGCUUUCUUGGAGUACUUUCUCAUGGAUGCUGGUGCUCUCAAUUGGCUUGAAUACCUUCCAUCAGUAACAUGGUCAGACUGGCCUUUUACUUCCAUUCCUAAGAAUCCCGGUACAUUCAUCUCGGAGAUUAUUCAACUCGCCUUCUUGAUCCCGAAUGCGGCCCCUAUGAUCACAAUCAACUACUGCACUGGUGUGUUGUGGACUAUUCCCGUGCAGUUACAGGGUGCAUGGCAGACAUUGCUUGGUCUGAUAAUGAUCCGUCAGAUCAAGACUCCAUGGAAGAGAUUUUCUUUCUAUCUUUUCUGCACAAUCAUGCACUGGUAUGCUCUCUCAUGGGGUAGUUAUUACUACGUCGGUAUUCUUCUCGCCGAUCUAGAUAUAACCUACAAAUACAAGCAGAAAUGGCUCAAUCCCCGACCAUGGGUCUUCUGGCCGCUGCUGAUUCUCAUGAUCUGUACCGCCAUUGCAAGUUUCAGUAUUGAUUUGGUUACGCAGCACAAUGGCGUCAACUACGCACAGAUCGAAUAUGGAUGGCAUCCUGAUCCACAUACAGGUCUCAGCUUAGUCCAGGCCAGCGCUGCUGCAUACCCAGACUACUUUAUUCCUCGUCUGAACGCAUUUUUGGCCACAAUUACCAUGCAGGGUGUUGUUGAGAUUUCGCCUACAUUGCAGAAACUGCUCUCCGCUAAAUUCCUGCAAUGGCUGUUCCCUCACAUUUUCAGUAUCUACUUGAUUCACGGUUUCAUUAUGUGGUCUGUCGGAUCAUGGACGAUGAUUUCCAUGUUCUCCCAUGGCUAUCCGUAUUGGUUAUGUACCUUGAUCACCGCGAUUGUUUGCUAUGGUACUCUCUUCGCGGUACUACCAAUUCUCACUCCUCCAAUUGAAGCUCUUGGUAAGGGGUUCACCCAGAGACUUUGGCAAUUCGCUAGCUUAGAACCUGUGGAGCGAAAGCCGACUACAUACCCCUUCGGCGAGGAGUUCUUGACUACGCGUGGCCAGCUUCAUACAUCUAAACCUAGCAGCUUGGAUGGAGUAUUACCUUCCUCUGCUUCUUCGGCUUCGGGAGGCGUGACAGUGUUGAAUGAGAAGGAUAUGACUGGGAAGGGGAAGGAGGCUGAAUUGACCGUGAGAGAGCUCAAAAAUGGGCGAAUCAUGGAAAACAUCAAAGAGUUUUAA